UUUCGGUGAUGCCGAAAAUCUUCGUCUCUGCUGUUUUUCACUGUCGGAUAUGCUGCGAUACACUAAAAUCAACGGCUGUUUUUAAGCAGAGUAAAAUAUACGUUCUUUCCUUUUAUGCUGUCAUCUUUCAAGGAAUGCGAUGAUGUUAAAAAAAAUAUUUGGGGGGUGAUCGCCUCCAACUGAGUUACAACGGACAGGAGCUCACUCGUCUGGCGACAAGAAGCAAGAUAAGUGCUACUGGACCUUCAACUGAGACAGGCUUUUUCCCCCUUUCAAAAGAGAUUGCGGGAUAUGCAGGCGUUCCAUUUGCAAGGGUCUGUUGAUUCAUUCGCAACUGUAAUCUUUCUUCGGGACAAGACGUUUGGAAAGGGGAAAUGUGAAGAGGCUUAAAGUAUGGCAUGCAAAGAUGGUUUCUGCCAAGAAGGAGAUGGUGAUUGCGAUGUUCCCCCGUUAUAUUUACUCAGUCUUCUACUUUCUCUGCGUGGUCGCCUGUAUAAGUAGCAUAUCUGGGGAGAUAAAAAAGGAUGAUCGAAUAUAUCCCGAAAAUUUCACACGCAUUCUGGAUCGACUUCUGGAUGGUUAUGACAACAGGCUACGACCCGGAUUUGGUGGCCCAGUGACAGAAGUGAAAACGGACAUAUACGUGACAAGCUUUGGGCCUGUUUCUGAUGUGGAAAUGGAGUACACAAUGGACGUCUUCUUCCGCCAGACAUGGGUAGACAGGAGACUCCGGUAUGAGGGCCCCAUCGAGAUCCUGAGACUCAACAACCUGAUGGUCACCAAGGUGUGGACCCCCGACACCUUCUUCAGGAAUGGAAAGAAGUCUGUGGCCCACAACAUGACUGCUCCGAAUAAGCUCUUCCGCAUUAUGAAGAAUGGCACAAUCCUGUACACUAUGAGGCUAACUAUAAGUGCAGAGUGUCCGAUGAGGCUGGUGGACUUCCCCAUGGACGGCCAUGCUUGUCCUCUGAAGUUUGGAAGCUAUGCUUAUCCCAAAACAGAGAUGAUCUACACUUGGACCAAAGGACCCCAGCAUUCAGUGGAAGUACCCCCAGAGUCAUCCAGUCUUGUGCAGUAUGAUCUAAUUGGCCAGACAGUCUCCAGUGAAACUGUAAAAUCGAUCACAGGUGAAUACGUGGUGAUGACUGUGUAUUUCCACUUGAAACGAAAAAUGGGGUACUUCAUGAUUCAGACAUACAUCCCCUGCAUCAUGACAGUAAUCCUCUCUCAAGUGUCCUUCUGGAUAAAUAAAGAGUCCGUGCCGGCCAGAACCGUAUUUGGCAUUACUACUGUGCUGACGAUGACCACCCUGAGCAUCAGUGCCCGCCACUCCCUGCCCAAAGUCUCCUACGCCACCGCUAUGGAUUGGUUUAUUGCCGUCUGCUUCGCCUUUGUUUUCUCUGCCCUCAUCGAGUUUGCUGCCGUCAACUACUUCACCAACGCGCAGGUGGAGAGAGCCAAGAAGAAGCAGGCCAAGUGCCCUCCGGCCCCAAAGCCCACACCAGUGAAGCAGAUGAGUGACAGCGAAGAGGUGUUACAGCAGAAUCCAGACACCAACGGCAACCUGCGGAAGCGGAUGAACCUGAUGACGCAGACAGACUCAAACAGCGCCCAGAGAACUGUUCCGGGAGGCAGCGGCGCAACAGGGGUCGCCAGGCAAACGCCUGCAGGCUCCGCCUCCUCUGUGACAUCAGCGACAGCAGUGCCCACUUCCGCCCAGCCCCACUCCAGUCCCAACCCUUUCAGCCAGUCUAACAUAGCCUCGUCCCUGUUGGCUUCCAGGAACACGCCCCCAGCCCCGCCCUCAACCCCGACAGUCGCGGGAUGCGAGCACAUGCCCUCGAAUAUAUACGGAGGCUCGGCCUCUCUACAGCGUCUCUUAGGGCCGAAGCUGGAGCACAUUCAGGCCGCUAAAGGAGACGCGGGUGCCCAACCCGCCCCAGGAGCAUCGACGGGACCAAACGGCACCAGUAAAAUUGACAAGUACGCACGCAUACUUUUCCCAGUGUCCUUUGGAGCUUUCAACAUGGUAUACUGGGUGGUCUACCUGUCAAAAGACACUAUGGAACCCAGAGAUGGCUAACCCCAGUCUUUGUGUGUCUGUGCGUUCUUUUGGCUCAAAAACGGAAGACAAAAGCCCAGUCAUUUUAAAAAACUCGAGGGGCUUAUAUAUUCUAAUUCAUACGACAUAACUUUGAAGAGUAUGUCAUUGAAUGGGUAAACACACAAAAAUAACAGUUACCUCAGUAGUUACCUAAUCUUGUUGCAUAUAUCUAUGCAGUACAGUAUAUUGUUCCAAGAAGUUGAGCAUGUGACAAAACACAUUCCAGAUACUUUGAAUUGUAUUAAUUACAAUACCAUGUAUAUUUUCCAAUGGAAGUGUUUGGAUAAUGGUGGUAAAUGACAAAGCAUAAUCCAGCAAUAUACAUUAUUUUGGCGGAGGUAAGAUGACAUACAUGCAUUUUAAUGAAACUUGAAGGUUGACAUAUAACAUUUCUUUUGUUAUUUUUGUGCUAUGAAAAAGUAAGAAGGAAAAUGACAUUGUAUUUUUAAGGGUGUCAAUGUAGUUUGAUUGCAUUCAUAUCUUCAUUUCAUUUAGUUUUUUACCCAUUGGGUAGUGCAAUUAAAACUAUUAAAGCUUAAAUCAAUUGCCCUGC